UGUUGUAAAAAAACUAAUUUCUUCGGCUUCAGAUAAAGUGUUUCUAACAGAAACCCAGUUUCGUCGUGCUGUUUUUCGGCUGAGGGAAUCAUGGAGGUAUUCUGUCUGAAGUGAAGUUUGUAGAGUCGCUACUUCCGGUGAGACGCGCGUCCUUGGAAACCGGGAGUUCAGUGUAAACAAACGGGCAAAGAAACCGCGUAUAAAGAAGCCGUUAGCGGAGAGACUGGCUUAUGACACACCGUUUCUGAAAGAGAUCCUCAUGUUCUGUGAUCAGAUUCACAACCGCUGAUGAAUGAAUGACAGCUGGAGAUGAAGAAGAUGGCGAUGAUGAUGAUGAAGAUGUCCGAGUGAAUGCGCUGCCGUUGAUCAUCAUAUGGAGGUUUAUACCGGUCAGAUGCACGAAAAUCCUCAUUCUCGAGGCUCAGAGAUGGAUCCAGAAAGUUCUCGUGAGAAAUCCAUUGUGUCUCCAAGAGAAAACCUGCUCACCGAUCAAGGUCUGAUGGUGAUUCCAGUGUCGGUGGACUGUAUGGACAUCAUCAAGGGCAGUCUGGAUGAAAUCUCUCGUCCGGCCUCCAGUUCAUCUCUGUCUGAGAACAGACGGAAGAGUGCAGAAGGCCACAGAUCUCUGGAGGUGCUCAGUCCUGAUCUCAACCACACACUGUUCCAGCGCAUCACACAUGAGAUGACGGAUCUGACUACAGAAACCAGCUCUGACCAUGAAGAGUCCGAUGAGGAGAAUGAAGAUCCAGAGAUGAGGAAGGCCAUCAGGAGGAUGAAGAAGCUGGACCGGAUUCUGGCCCUCAAGGCGUCAGCAGAGAGAGAGGUGAAGCAGAGGGGCAGAGAGUUACACCAGAGACUGUGGCAGGAGCUACAGGCUGAGAGUCUCCACAUCAGCAGCACUGAGGCUGAAAACACCAGACGCUUUCUGUCUCUGACGCCCAGUGACUGUCUGGAAUGUGAAGAAGAGGAUUUUGUGCCGGUGUUUGAGACGGAGGUUGUAGAUCUGAAGACUGAAAUAAACUCCAGACCCGAGACAGAAGAGUGUGUGGAGGCCGCGGGCCAUGCUGAAGCGGGUCAGGAGGUGACGGAGGAUCGCAGACACACAGCAGCAUCACACAGCAAGAGCAGACACGACUUUGUCAAGAAAAAUAUUGAGCUGGCAGGGGCGUCAGGAAGCUCAGUUUUUCUCACGCAGCAGGAGAAAGAGAGAAUCGAGGAUCUGCUGAAAGAUCUGGAGGAAGAGCUUCUGGAGGAACCUCAGCUGGUCUUGCCAUCCCUUUCGGCCGGUGAAGGUUUCAGUCCAGAACCUUCUGAACGCCACACUCUAUACAACAUCGACUCCAGACUGCAGCUGCUACUUCCUGUACAGGACUUCCUGUCUGUGCGGAGCUCCAGUUCUCAGACGAGUCUGGAGGAGAGGACAGGAGAUCACAGGCUGUGGGCCAUGAGAGAGAGACGAGAGGAUGAGAGACGUCUGAGAGAAAUACAGGAGCAGCUGCAGAUCCUGGAAGAGACUCAGGAGAGCAGCACGGUCUGUUUGUCUGCUGAGCAGCUGAAGAAUCUGCUGCUGGACUGUGAAGCAGAAAUAAUGCCGGCUGUUCAGCAAACACUAAACUAAAGAAGAAGAAGAAGAGGAAGAGCAGAGAUGCGUCUGCGUGACACCAGCGUCUGUUCGUCAUUCAGGCUCUGAUGUGUUUGCCAGACUGGAGAACAUCUGAAGCUGAACGUAAGAGGACAAAAUAAAAUGUUCCUUUUCUAAAAUCAAA